AUGAGUGCUUGGCACAAUUUAGUUUCAUGCCAUUCACAAGGGUUAGAUAAUAUCUUUGCUGGUAACUUAGAUUUAGCCUAUUUAUUCUUCGAACUCAUACCACAAGGUGAAGAUAACGAUUUUUUUAAGUUACUAGAAGACAAAAUGCCUGAUUUAUAUUGUAUAGUUCGUACCUCUUGGUCGUUACGAUGCUUUGUAUCCAAGUAUUCAUCAUUUUCUCCUUCUUUUUCACAAAAUCUUUUCAUUUCAGAUUUGAUUUCAUUGAAAAUACCACAAUUCAAUGACUUGAAACCAGUCAUAAAUGCUAAUUUCAGUGAUACUCCAGCACCAAAAACAGAAUUUCCAAAAUUUUUAUCAGCUUUACUUGAAUUUAAUCAGAAAUUUCCAAACUAUUUCGCAAUAAUAUACAAUUUGUUCGAAAAGGUACUCAACCAAAUAGGAAUAACAGAAGCUUUCAAUAUAAUUGGAGAAAAUUCACUGUUAUUAUAUCCAAAUCUCAAGGCAGAUGAUCUUAAAGACAUCAGAUUCAACAUGAUAUCACCAAUGUCUACGCUUAUUUUAUUCAAAAAUGAAGAAGUAACACAUUAUUUACAAAAUACUUUUAUUCAGUCAUAUCAGUUCUCAACACCAUCACCCGGACUCAGUAAGGGCAUUACAGCAUCACUUACAAACACAUCAUUGUACUUAAAUGCGCAUUUUAUUGAUUUAAUUUAUAAUUCAGCGGCGGAAGGUUUCAUUUCCGACAAUUUCUCACAGUAUCAAGUUUCAUCACAGAUAAUACCAUCAUUUUCACAUUUAAUCACUGUCAGUUUCUAUAAUAAAAUGAUGGAAAAUCCAUCCAAGUACAAAAUCUAUUUUCAGAACGAUGUGAAUGAUAUUUGGGGAUCAGGCUUGUAUAUGAGAGCAAAAAAUGAUAUCACUUUCAUUCAAAUGUGUUCAGAUAUAAUUAUGAAAGAAAUUAAUGUAGAAAAUUUCCAAAAAUACUCUUUCCCAUUCCUUUUAAGGUCAGAACUGAACAAUCCAGAGAUCCUCAAUUACUUAAAUAAGAAAUUUAUUAUGUUCAACGAUAAUGACUUGAAAACUGACUUUGAUUUUGUAUUAACAUAUCUUGCCAUCAGUAAUAUACUCAAAUUAUUCAAGAUCUAUAACCAAAACAUCAACAUUUCCCAGCAUAUGAAUAAUAUUAAAUAUUUCAUCAGUAUGAUAUCACCAGAGAAGAGAUCCACAGUCUACAACGAACUCUUUUCAAUCCUCUUCCUCCAGAAAGACGGGAAAUUCGUCUGUGCAGCUCAAUUAGCUCAAACAUUGCUGAGAACAAUUGAAGAAUACAUUCAAUCACCGUAUGUAAAACAGGGUCUUAUUUCACUUUUGCCCUCAAUUUCGGGCCAACGUGGCCUUGAAAUAGAAAAUUACUUUCUUGCAGGGAAACAAGCACUUUACAGGGCCAUCUCCAGUAGGAACUGGAAUCAGGCACAGACAAUAAUACAGAAGAGCCCACUCUACAAAGAUCUUUACCAGAAAGCUUUUGAUAUCUACAAUUUAAUUAUGAAUAAGAAACAGCCGAAUGAAGUAGAGAUGACUCCAAGCGUUAAGAUCGAAUAUGGAUUCAGUUCAAUCAAUGGAGCUCAAGAAUUAAAGUCUGUAAAAGAUAAUUUUCCUUUAAUCAGCUCAUUAAUCGUCAAAAGAAUCUCCUCUCUCAAAUACGGAAGAACAUUACAGCCAAUGGAACCCAUAAACUACAAUAUAAAGCGCUUAGUUAACCAGUUCGACCAAGAUUCAGUUCAAUUUUUAUUUGAUCGUAGAGGAGAAGCCUUCAGAGACAUAAUUUCAUCAUCACCGACCUUGUCAUCGUUCAUAAACUACAUGUCUCUGUUCUCAAGAUGUAUUUUCGACCAAGGAUUUUCAUUUUCGAUUCCAUUUUCCUUCAGAACUGCUUUUACUAAUGCUAUUAAUGGAGGAAACACAAACGAUGCAUUAAACCUUGCCGCUGCCGUUAAAAUUGACUUGUUUGAGUGGGUUAUGGAGCAUAUUGAUGAUUUUGACUUGACAAAAGAGUUUGUGACCAUGUCAUUUCACGAGCAUCCUCUUGUCUGCACGUGUAUUGCAAUGACAAUGUUCGAUCCGAACUCUUUCCCGAUGAUUCCUGAAAAAUUCAAAAAAUUCAAAACAAAAAGUGACAAUUUUUCAUUAUUAAGUUUUAUCUCCAAACUCGAAGAUCCUGAACUGCCUGAUGACGUAUUAGAUGACUAUUUGUACAGACUCGAUCCCCGGAAGAUCUUCAACUGCGUCAUGGAGAGAAUUGAUAAAUUAUCUGAUGAAAGAAUUUAUCAUUGCAUAGAAAUCACAGGAAUCUUCAAUAACGAACUGGAAAACAAGAGAUUAAACAAUAUAAUGCUUAAUAACAGUAUUAAACAUUAUACUUCCAGUACAAAUGAAAAAGAUAUUAUUAUAUCUUUGGCAAAACACGGAGUAAUGCCAAUAUUGGUGUCUUACGUUGAUCAGCAUAAGACAAAAGAGAAUAUAGAACUAGCUGUAAGUAAUUUGAACUCUUGUGCUUUGAUAUUUUUGAGAAAUUUCCCAGAUUUCAUAAAAUAUUUCAUUGGAAAAGUGCCAGAGUUGGAAAACACGAUCUCCAAGAAAGAGAAAAUGAAGCUAAAAGCAUUUUCAAAGCUUCCAGUUCAUUUGAAAGACGAAAUCUCUGUUUUAAACGAAGAAUCAAUUAUUGAAAAAUUAUCUUCGUCAAAAAGUUAUUUGUUCACAUUAUCUCAAUGCGAUAAAGCAUUCUUGAGCCAGGAGAACCUAGUAAGUAUCAUGGAAAACCAAAAAACUGAUGAAAUUAUUGAUUUGAUUAAAAUUGCAAAAUCUGUCAUUAAAAUUGCAGACAACAAAGAUCAAAUCAAACAAAUAUGCUCAAGAAAGAUAGAAGAAUAUGUACAUUCGGUCAAAAUCGAAACUUUUGAAGAAGAAUUUCGUCAAAUUUCGAUUUCUGAGCGAAUAUCGAGAAUUUUACAAAACUAUGAUAUCAAUUGUUUUGUAUUUGAGAUGUUUUAUAAGAUUUUGCACUUUUAUCCAAUGAGUUUUAUGAAUAUGAAAUAUAAUUUCGAAAUCGGAAGUUUUUCUCUUGAAAAAGUACUUUUCAGACUUGAUUUGAAUGAAAUGUACUCUCAAAUGGAAAAAAUUUUCAAUUUCCAUGGAAAUCAAUAUUAUAUUGGAAAAAGUAUGUUGAUGUUGACAUUUGGUUUCUUCAAAGAUGCUUUUAAGUAUCUGGAAAAGAGGAAAUCAGUUGAUCCAAGCUUUGAUUUGCUUGAAUAUGAUUCAUCUUUAUUUACAAACGAUAAAUUGACAACAAAAGAUCUCAUGGCGAGGAAUUCUCCAUUGCUUAACCUAUUUAUUAAGCAUUCGUUCAUCAACCAUGAGAUUUUGGAGUUAAUUUUGUUAUCUGAUUGGGAUAAAGUGAAAUUUGAAGGAGAAAUGGCCCAGCUCGCCAUUUAUCCCAAGAUAAAUUACAUAUAUCAGCGUGCAAACAAGCAAUACAUCCCAAGUCGACGCAAUAUGAGGACAGAUUUAGCAGAUUGGGCCGAAAAGUUCCUCAAAACCUUUGUUGCCAUGCCUAAAUCGAUAUAUAUUUUAACAUCAUUUGGUUUGUACAACGAUGCAAUUGCCCAAUCCUUAGUUUCCGAAGGCGGAUCAGUAAAUUCGAUGAUGAACUACGCGAUAAACGCAACAAUGUUCAAUGACUCGAUCAAGCCAUUCCUCAGGGAAUUCCACAAGGUCGAUCCUAACGAAAAAAUGACUAAAGAGACAUGGGAAGGAUUAUUAGAAGAAGCAUCGAAAAGAGAGAUGCAUCUAGUAAGAUUUGAGUUGUAUCUUAGCAGAGGAGAUCGAAUUGCUGCUGCUCAUGAAGCUUUGGAUGAAUUUAAGUCAACGAAAAAAACAUUAUUGCAAUUUAUUUUUAUAGGAAACGCUUACAACUGUUUAAUCGAAGCACAACAUAUGGAAAAGGAAGAAAUCGUGAAUUCAGACUCUUUUCAGCAACUUUUCCUUUUGACAAAAUUACAAAAAGAAAUUUGUUCAAAAAUGCACUGGAAUCACAUCCAAUCUUGUCCUGAUAUCAUUAAUAAUCCGAACUCUGUUGUAGAUGCUUGUGUAAUUCUCCUGGAACUCGAUUAA